UGUAUUCGCCAGCAGUUUGAAGUGCGUGUCGGGAUUUGUUUUCAAUUAAAUUUGUUUUGUUUUAAUAAUUGUUUAGUUUAAUUUAUCUAAUUGGGCAACUACUUCAAAAUUGCCUACGAAUUAUAUUAGUUAUAUUAGUUUCACGGUUCUCAGUGCCGAGGCGCUUCCUUGCUAAUUGAAUUACAUUACACAAACACAACCACAAAGGCUACGUCAUAAGCUAUUUCCAUCCAAACAUACUCGAGUUAUGGAACAACAACAAAAACAAGAGCAACAAAUGGCAACCGAAGUGGAAACCGCAACACCCACCGCCCACACAGCUGAGUUGCAGGAGCAAUUGGAGCAUUGCUUCGAGAAUUUAAUUGUAAUCGAUGUGGGGGCAAAUUUGACCAAUAAAAAGUAUAGCCGUGAUCUGGAUUCCGUGGUGCAAAGAGCAAGAGACGCAGGUGUUCAAAAACUUAUGGUCCACGGCACUUCGGUCAAAUCGAGCAAGGAAGCGCUGCGCCUUUCGCGCAUUUAUCCCGACAUAAUCUACUCAACUGCUGGCAUCCAUCCACACGACUCGAAAUCCAUUGUGGAGGAGCCGUCCACAUGGUUUGAUUUCGAGCACAUUGCCAUUGCCCAGGAAUGCGUCGCUGUGGGUCCUUGCGGACUGGACUAUCAGCGGGAUUUCUCCGAACCCGAUGUCCAGAAGCAGAUCUUUGCCAAGCAACUGCAAUUGGCCAUUCGACUAAAGAAACCUCUGCUAAUUCACGAGCGGUCGGCUCAAACUGAUCUACUCGAAAUCCUUGACAAAUUCGAGAAUUUGCCGCCUGUGAUUAUUAGAGGUUUCAUGGGCACAGCCGAGGAAGCCCUUAAGUAUUUGGAUCGUAGAUUCUACAUCAGUUUAACUGGUUACUUGUGCAAGGACAAAUCGGACACUGGAGUGCGCAGGCUGUUGGAGAAUGGCACCCUACCCUUGGAUCGUCUGCUGGUAGAAUCGGAUGCACCAUUCAUGUAUCCAAAUACCAGGGCAUCCAAAUUACCCCAACAUGUUAAGACUGGCAUCACAGAACGUUCUCUCCUGUACUUACACAGAUAUUGCACCUUUCAACGUAACGAGCCUUGUAGCUUGCCGGCCAUAGUAGAAAUGAUAGCUGCAUUCAUGAAGAAAAGUCCCGAUGAGGUAGCUUUGGCCACCGCAUUUAAUGCCUUAAAACUCUUCGGCUUGUCCUAGAGGUGCACUAACUAAUUCAUACCGACAGAAAUUCAACGAGCCUGAGAUUCACCGUAGAGACUCACAUCAUGUGCCUUAAACAUUAAUCGAAUUCGACUUCAUACACCCAACACACAAUUACGAACUACGUAUACUCUAAAUGAAGUAUACUUUUCACUCCUAUAAUACUAUAUUGCAUGGCGAAUUUUCGAUCGUAAAUUUGCCAAUUUAAUUUUAAGUUGUUGGAAUUUCCCCCACCGUCGUGUGGGGGCCAGAAGGUGCCAAGGUGGUGCCACGUUUCACGCUUCGCAGCACGCGCGUGCUAAUUGUAUGUUAAAUGCUGCAGUUUGUCUUGUGUUUUUUUCAUCUGUAUUAGUUUAAGGGUUCUUGUUUUAGUCCUAGUAUAUAGUACAAUUUUUUUGUAAAUAUUUAUUCUUGUUGUUGAUGAUGAUUGUGAGAUAUGAUGAUAAUGAUGAUGUAAACGUAAUGUGAUCAUUUUACGAGCUAAAUAUUUAUGUCAUAUAGAAGGAAUGCCACACUAGUUAGUGCUAUGAUUGAUGCCUAUAUACACAUAUUAUAAUAAUAUCUACUAUAUACUCGUAUAUAUAUACAUAUAUAUAUUUUUGUUAAAUUUACAUAUACACACAACGUUGUACUGAACUGAUCUGAUCAACUAAUGGAGCUGCAACCGCUAUGUGCCCUUUCGUUCGCACACAAAUACAAAAACCUAUUUUCCAUUUGAAUAAAGCGACUUUAAAAAACCAACAAAACAAAUAGAAAGAAAAA